AUGAAAGCGCCAGAGAAACUGUUCCAACUCGGAUUCGCAUUCAUCUUCUUGCAAAGAGGGAGAAAAAGAGUACCAGUCUUCCGACUUCUCUGGGAAAAAACAUUCACGGGCUUCUCCACACGGAUCAUUGACACAGCAUGUCGCGUGUACAAAAGUGCUCAGGAUUGGAAAAACAACAAUUGUCUACCAAUGGUGAAGUAUUGUUAUCCGAAAGACCUCUACUACACGUGCAACUCUGACGACACGUAUGCAUUUGAUCCGCAGAAGCGGGUUAUCGUGGAGUUCGGGACUUCCCCUGCAUGUGACACAAUGUCUCGUCUGGGCAGAAUAUGCGAUGUGGUCAUUUCUUUUGUCGGUGCGGCAGUAGGAGUGACAGGAAUUUUCACACCGGCUGGAUUUAUUGCUGCCCCAAUUCUGUUCGGUGUCGGUGGGACUAGUGCUGUCUACGCACACCGUCUAUUUGACAAAAAAACUCAUGGAGAGAGCAUAAUUGAUCGCGAAGGCAUACUGCUUUGGCUAUCAAUAGCUGCUGCACCUUUGCAUAUGUUGAGUGGGUUCGCGUCGGCACGCCUCGCCGCUGGGGCUGCAUCGGGCCGAAUUUUCUCGCAGAGUGAGCGGAUUCUCGCCACAGUGCUCAUGCUGACGACAGUCGGCGUUGAUGGCUUCUCAUUUAUUAUCAAUGUGGCGAAUAUCAUCGACAAGGGGCGCAAUGGAAACCUCACGACACUCGACGUAUUACAGUUUUCCGUGAGUACGCUGUUCUUCACCAAUACGUUGAUACAGCCAAAAACAGCUUGGGGAGUGAUUAAACAGGCUCAACAGCAUAGAAUCACAACAAUUGCCGAAAACAUGACGGAUGUAAAAGCCAAGGAAGCAUUCCAGUCGUAUCUCGAACAAAACAAGGGGGAUGGCUCAAUCAAGGCUACGUCCAAG